AUGGAGGCUCAAAGUAUAAGUUCAUCGAAGCGAGUAGCUGUCAUUGGGACAGGUCUUGCCGGCCUUACCACUGGCUACUUACUACAGGGCGAUGAGCGCUAUAAUGUUACGCUAUUUGAGCAGGCUGAUCGACUCUCCUUCGACUCGGCUUCUGUAACCAUCAAAAACGAAACGACGAAUGAUGCGGAACGAAUUGAUCUGCCCAUGCGCGCCAGCGCCGGAGGGUAUUAUCACAACCUGAUGCGAAUGUACGAACACCUACGAAUUCCCCUUCACCCGAUCAAAUUCCUCUUCGUCUUCGCGAAAGCAACAUCGACGGCCGAUGGAACAGUCUCCCACAAGGGCAGCGACAACGAGAGCUACUUUAUCCAUGCCUCAAAUCUGCACCAGACGCCGCCGCCGUGGCCUGGUAAUCGUGGCCUGAUUGCCCAUCUUACCGAGAUUCUAUACCUGAUUGUGUGCCAAUUCUGGUUCACGAUUGCAUGCUUCCUCGUCGCGCCCCUCGACAUUUCCUCGACCGGUUACAGCGAGAGCCUCGCCGAAUACUUCGAUCGCAUACGGUUACCGAGACGAUAUAGAUCACAUUAUCUGCUUCCGCUGCUGAGCGGUGUGGCGACGUGUACACAUGAGGAAAUGUUGCAGUUCCCUGCGAGCGAUGUCGUGAAUUACAAGAAGCUUUCGCAUGGGCAACAGCAUUACGCUGUAUGCGGGGGCGUCUCACAGGUGCAGAGCAGAUUGACACGAGAGCUGCAGGACGUUAAGCUUAACAGCCGCGUGAUUGAAGCUGUGCCCCAAGCCGAUGGAACGGUCGUAGUGCGAUGGCAAUCAACCCUCGACCCCUCCGGUCGCAUCCUGGAGCAAGUCUUUGACCGCGUCGUACUCUCCGUCUCCCCCGACGUCGCGGGCCGAAUCUACAAACCGUUACGCUCUACAUUGGAGCAACUCCCUACGCGACAGGUCGAGAGCUCUGUCCUCAAGCCCGAAGCGUCGGGAAUCAGCGUUGUUAAACCCGACAACGUCCGUCAAUCGUUCGCGUGCAUGCACCACACCAGAGACCCCUCGGCCGCCCAGACCAUGACCCUGAGGACUGUGUUUCCUGACAUGGGCAGCCCUCGCACCGAAGCACUGCAUGCCAUGCCCAGUGGAGUCGUGGUCAGCACUUGUCCCCUACACGAGGCGGCGCAGCCAGAUGCAAUUAAAAAGGCCAAAUUCACAAGGACACUGCGCAGCGUGGAGGGCAAGGCCCUUGUUCAAGAGCUGAUGAGAGGGACUUUGGUAGAUAAGAAAUCUGAUGACCGUCAAGCUGGUUGGGUCAAUGGUCAGGAUAAUAUCUGGAUCUCCGGGGCGUGGUGCUGGGAUGGCAUGGUUCUACUGGAGGGAUGCAUUGUAUCGGCCAUGCGCAUAGCUUUAGACUUUGGAGUAGCCAUUCCCUGGGAGAAGGAAUAA